CUGUGACGUCAUUUCACGUCGUUGCUAGUGCAUUGAACAACACAUACACCAACUGCACAAAUAUGGGGAAGUCAGGAUGUUUACCGCCCGGCAGCUGCCGGUGGCUCGUGCAAUUUAAGAAGUCGAUGAAUGCCAGGAUGGCGAAAUUCAAAAAUGACUUCAAGCGGAAGUUUUUUCGUGACAACAAGCAUCUGGGAAACCUGCGUGCCGACCAACUUCACAAUGAGACUGGAACCCGAGAUAUGGAAAUCACGAAAAAGAUGUCCCAGCCUGCAGCGGACAGUCCUGUCCCCAAAAAGAAGGUCGUCAAGAAAUCAACUUACGAUAAUCAACCCUCCUUGUAUGCUGAAGAUGCAAGUCCCGAAAUUCAACGGACUCAAGUUGUAAAGAAUUCAAACGACGAAAACAACCGGAACUCUUCGCCAAAUUGUCGCGAUUCAAGCCAGGUCACAAUCAAAGCCGUUGUUCACGAACCCACUCCAACCCGUCCCAAGGAAGAAGAACUAGAUGAAUUCGUGACUACAGUCAUCCGCAACUCUGUGGCACAUCUGAUCAAGGAAGCCAGCGUUACGUACCUAACGAAAGAGUCAGCGGAGAACUUGCUGAAGAGAAACGACAGCAAUGUGGAAACAACCGGCAAACACGUUAUCAAGGAUACCGACACCACCAACCAACACGUGGUCAUUGAUACCGACACCACCAACCAACACGUGGUCAUUGAUACCGACACCACCAACGAAUGCGUGAUCAUUGUUACCGACACCACCAACGAACGCGUUGUCAUUGAUACCGACACCACCAACGAAGGCGUGAUCAUUGUUACCGACACCACCAACGAACAUGUUGUCAUUGAUACCGACACCACCAACGAAAAGGUUGUCAUUGAUACCGACACCACCAAGGAACAGGUUGUCACUGAUACCGACACCACCAAUGAGCGCGUGGUCAUUGAUACCGACACCACCAACGAACACGUGGUCAUUGAUACCGACACCAACAACGAAUGCGUGAUUGUUGAUACCGACACCACCAACGAACAGGUUGUGAUUGAUACCGACACCACCAACGAACGCGUGGUUGUUGAUACCGACAACACCAACGAACGCGUUUUUAUUGAUACCGACACCGCCAACGAACUCGUGGUAAUUGAUACCGACACCACCCACGAACACGUUGUCGUUGACACAGACAACACCAACGAACGCGUUGUUAUUGAUACCGACAUCAUCAAAGAAUCCAACGCCAUGAACGUCAUCAAGGCCUCAUCCGAGAUCGUCCUGAAGGAACAGGGCGACAAUUUCGACAUCAGCUACGAACAGGUUGUCAAGGAAACCGGCAACGUUUCCGUAUCUUCAAGCGUGUUAAGCGCUUUUGCCGAAAGCACAGUGAAGGCUAGUCUGUUUGAGAUGGAUGUCGUCGACAACAUAAACCACUCCGCGAUGGUCCCAACGUCCGCCGUCAAGGCUCGCAGAUCACCAAGGACAGUGAAGGAAUUCUUAGAGAUGAUUGGAGUACCUGAUUGCCGGGACAGCUCCAGCCUUCACCUUCCCGACGUCGACAUUUAGACAUUUAAAUUAAGCCCCAGUCUCAUAUAAGCACGGUUGGUUACGGCAGUUCCGGAUCAUCACGAAUACACCCGGAUCAAGAUCCGGGACGAUCCGUGGACUGGUUGGUUUCUAAGCGUAAAAAGUUUUACCAAGAUCAUAACGUCGGUGACAACACGGCACCUAACCGCCACACGUACAAACACGGACAUACCCGGCACCAUUACGCAAACAACACGGAACACUCAGAACUACACGGCAGAGACACUUACCAUCAGGUUGGUUUUCGGUGAAUCCAUUAUUUUACAAUCAGAUCUCAAAAGUGUAUCCUCGAAACUUUCAUUUUUAUGUGACUCUUAAUUGCAUAAUAUUUUCAGUUUGUUAUUAUCACACAGCAUACAAUCUUGCACAUAUAAGUAUCAUAUCAUGUCUUAAAAUUUGGACACGGACCCGGCUUCUAAGCUGAAGUAGGCCCGACGAUAUUCGCGUUGGUUAUUUGUUUCCGUUUUGAUUGCGUUCAAAGAUAUCCGAAAACACGUCUAUGGGCGUGUUUUCGUUUUGUCAUUGUCCUGGUUUGAUGUUGUGACAAUUGUCCAACUCAUCAACAACACUCGCAUUUUUAUGGCCAUAGCGAAGUGAAGAUUCAGGAUCAGGCAAACAGGCAUACCAUUCCAUUGAUGAUGUUGAACACUUGAAAACCACAGGAUGAAUUAUCGCUGCCUACUUCAACCCAAAUGAAUCUAUAGCAGGUGUCGACCAAGGUCAAAUGGAUUAUGGAAGGUUCACCCUUGUAGUUAUAGUGCAAGGAUCAAUCACGCUGAGGACAUUGUAUGUCGAUUUGCUUCCCGACCAAAACACAAGCACAGUU